CGCAUGCGCCCUGAGCGCGGCCUGCCGUGUGAGGCGGAAGCGGAAGAGCAGGUCUCCGGGGGAGCGAUGGCAGCCGGAGGUCUGAGCCGCUCUGAGCGCAAAGCGGCGGAGCGGGUCCGGAGGUUGCGAGAGGAGCAGCAGAGGGAGCGCCUCCGCCAGGUGUCGCGCAUCCUGAGGAAGGCGGCGGCGGAGCGCAGCGCCGAGGAGGGCCGGCUGCUGGCCGAGAGCGCGGACCUGGUAACGGAGCUGCAGGGCCGGAGCCGGCGGCGCGAGGGCCUGAAGCGGCGGCAGGAGGAGGUGUGCGACGACCCAGAGGAGCUGCGAGGGAAGGUUCGGGAGCUGGCCGGCGCCGUCCGGAACGCCAAAUACUUGAUCGUCUACACAGGCGCGGGAAUCAGCACGGCAGCGUCUAUCCCAGACUACAGGGGCCCUAAUGGAGUGUGGACACUGCUUCAGAAAGGGAGAAGCGUUAGUGCUGCCGACCUGAGUGAGGCUGAGCCAACCCUCACCCACAUGAGCAUCACCCGUUUGCAUGAGCAGAAGCUGGUGCAGCAUGUGGUGUCUCAGAACUGUGACGGGCUUCACCUGAGGAGUGGGCUGCCACGCACGGCCAUCUCAGAGCUCCACGGGAACAUGUACAUUGAAGUCUGUACUUCCUGCGUUCCCAACAGGGAGUACGUGCGGGUGUUCGAUGUGACAGAGCGCACCGCCCUCCACAGACACCAGACAGGCCGGACCUGCCACAAGUGUGGGACCCAGCUGCGGGACACCAUUGUGCACUUUGGGGAGAGGGGGACGUUGGGGCAGCCUCUGAACUGGGAAGCAGCGACCGAGGCUGCCAGCAGAGCAGACACCAUCCUGUGUCUAGGGUCCAGCCUGAAGGUUCUAAAGAAGUACCCACGCCUCUGGUGCAUGACCAAGCCCCCUAGCCGGCGGCCGAAGCUCUACAUCGUGAACCUGCAGUGGACCCCAAAGGAUGACUGGGCUGCCCUGAAGCUACAUGGGAAGUGUGAUGACGUCAUGCGGCUCCUCAUGGCCGAGCUGGGCUUGGAGAUCCCCGCCUAUAGCAGGUGGCAGGAUCCUAUUUUCUCACUGGCGACUCCUCUGCGUGAUGGCGAAGAAGGCAGUCACAGUCGGAAGUCGCUGUGCAGAAGCAGAGAGGAGGCCCCGCCUGGGGACCGGGGUGCACCGCUUAGCUCGGCCCCCAUCCUAGGGGGCUGGUUUGGCAGGGGCUGCACAAAACGCACAAAAAGGAAGAAAGUGACGCCGGGCGCGGUGGCUCACGCCUGUAAUCCUAGCACUUUGGGAGGCCGAGGCGGGUGGAUCACGAGGUCGGGAGAUCGAGACCACAGUGAAACCCCAUCUCUACUAAAAAUACAAAAAAUUAGCCGGGCGCAGUGGCGGGCGCCUGUAGUCCCAGCUACUCCGGAGGCUGAGACAGGAGAAUGGCGUGAACCCGGGAGGCAGAGCUUGCAGUGAGCCGAGAUCGCGCCACUGCACUCCAGCCUGGGGGACAGAGCAAGACUCCGUCUCAAAAAAAAAAAAAUGAAAGUGACGUAACCUGGUGCUCGAUGAAGAACAGUUGGCACUUUUGCAGAUGGCCAGUGUUAUGGUGAAGGCUGGGUUGCCCCCACGGGUCUAGGAAGAACUCUUUGAGGAUGACGUUUUCACCGUGACAUUUUUAGCCAUUUGUCCUUGAGGAAGCCCCUUGCACUGCUGCGGUUGUACCCUGAUACGGCUUGGCCAUCGAGGACACCUGCCCAUCCGGCCUCUAUGUCAAGAGGUGGCAGCCGCACCUUUCUGUGAGAACGGAACUCGGGUUAUUUCAGCCCCGGCCUGCAGAGUGGAAGCGCCCAGCGGCCUUUUCUCACUCACCAGGCCGGUCUCAGGGCCUCACCGUAUUUCUACUACUUCUUAACGAAAAAGUGUGAACUUUAUAGAAUCCUCUCUGUACUGGAUGUGCAGCAGAGGGGUGGCUCCGAGCGUCGGCUCUAUGCAGACCUUUUUAUUUCUAUUAAACGUUUCUGCACUGGA